ACUAUCUGAAGCCUCGUUGGGAAAUGUCGCAGUAGUUUUGCAGCCCAAUUAACUUGUACCUCCCUGCAUAUUUUGGGUCAUCAUGGCGCCGUCACCAAUCGAGAACCUGCCGAUGGAGCUUAUCCAGCGCAUCUUCUUCCUGUCCGAACUGAAUCUUUCCUUGCCUGAAGCAUCGCCCUACAUUGGAACGAAGCUGGCGGGAUAUUAUGUACUACAGGCCAUAUGUGACAAGCAUCUCACUCCAGACCCGGACAAAACUAAGCUUACGCGCGGAGAGCGGUCCAGCAUGCAAUCGCGGCUCUUCAGAUACCGGUGGAUGACAUGGGACUUCUACAAACAUUGGAUACUGAAAAAGUACGGCAAGAAUGGCUGUCUGUGUGGCAAGUCACCGGAGACGGGAUGUUUCAAUGCCCAAUGGCCGCCCGAUUUCGACGAUCCGGUAGGAACGAUGGUAUUCAGUCGCAGUCACCUUCCCGAGCUCUCCUUCAUGAAUUGCCGCCUGCCGAAUAAGCUCCUCCAUGGGGCGUGGACCACGGAUAAAGUACAGUUUCUGAGGUUUCUGCUCUGGACCACGGGAAUGACAGUUAAUUGGGGCGAUCCGCAUACACGGGCCACGAUUCUACAGGGGCGGAGAGAGGCCGUAUUGGAAAGAAAUCUCGACGCUGUUGAGCUUUUCAAUCAUAACCGUCGUCUUGGAAAACCGCCCAACCUCGACCUGGUGCGUUUCGCCGUUAUCGACGGCGGUUGUGACCGCUCCAUUGUCUACGAUACAAUGAACGUGGCUCGCGAAUGGGGUUUGCGGUAUUCGAGAUGGAACUGUAGCAUUCUUGAUGACUGGUGUGCAGAGGCGAUAGAGGCAGGGAACCCAAAGGGCAGAUGGCUCCAGCUCAAACUGCUGGAGCUAAGGGCGACAGAGAGUUUUGCGAAACCUCUGGAUCGCACUGAGGAUGUGCAGGGGACUCCAGGGUAUAUGAAUCCGUCGUCCGGAGAUUAUGGCAACGUGGAAGGAGAUAAGCUGGUGAUACUCCCCAAUCGGUGGAACAAGGUCAGUAGAGAUUUUCCUACACUGGUCCGGAAUCCGCUCUCCGCAGCGACCUAUAGAAGCCGAUGAUACGACAUGAAAGCUCAUGGGGCAGGCAAAGUCCUCGAAGUGCCUAGAUCAUUUCAGGCCAGAUUUCAACCCUAAGAGGACGCAAAACUGAUGUAAGCAGAAAGUUACUCAGGUUGGAUGGGUGUCAACUUCUGGGCCGAGUCAUUUUGUAAUAUGUACCCCACACAGGCUCCCACCGAACGUACUUGGUGUGCAA